AUGAUCGUGGUGUGGCUUACACUGAUUUUUCUUCAUCGAGGAUAUUCUCUGGUUCCAGUGAAAACAGUUCAGCUUGGUGAAGCAGUGACAUUAUCAUGUGAUUUACCAAUAAAAGAGUUUGGCACUAGAAUAAUUUACUGGUACAAGCAGAGCGUCGGGGAUGGUCUGAAAUUAAUAGUGACACAGUCAAAAUCCGCAACACCAGAGUAUAGCCCUGAAUUUUCUAGAACAAGAUUUGAUGCACAAAAGCAUGAGAACUUUAGCAACCUGACCAUUAUGAACACAGUCCAAGGGGACGAGGGACUCUAUCACUGUGGAAUAGCUGAGUGGAUGUAUCCCAUUCAGUGGAGUGAGACAUAUUUGUUAGUAAAAGGAAAUACUCAGAGGACAUCAGCCUAUACUGUUCUUCAGUGGCCAACAGUAUCAGACCCACUCCAUGCAGGAGAAUCAGUGACUCUGCAGUGUUCAGUCCUCUCUGACUCUAACAGUGAGACGUGUCCAGGAGGUCACAGUGUGUUCCUGUUCAGGGAAGGAUUACAAACACCUCAUCCUAGCAUCAUCUACACUGAUGGAAACAAACAUCAUGAAUGUGAGAAUAGAUCUGAGGCUCAGCAGAGAUGUGUUUAUCGCUUCUCUAAGAACAUCAGCUCCUCUGAUGCUGGGACUUAUUACUGUGCUGUGGCCGCAUGUGGGGAGAUAUUAUUUGGAAAUGGAACUAAACUGGAUAUUCAAGGAGACUGCAUGUGGUCACAGAGUCCCAGAUCAGUUAUUUUUCUGCUGUGUGCGGUCUUGGCAGUAAGUCUGAUUGUUAUAGCGGUCCUCAUUUGCCCAAUCAAGAAAAAUAACAAUGACCAUUACAAAGCUCCUGUCGUGAAGAAAAACUUUAAUGAUCAGAAAAAACAGCAGAAUAAGGACACGUGGAUGUUUUCUGCUGCUGUAUUUACACUGAUGAAAGCUGACAGAGGUGUAUUAAAGGACGGCACAACAGUGGAGAGGCAGCAGAUCUACACAGCAUGCAAGGCUUUGGGGCUGGAUUAGUGAAUUAGCUUACUUAUUUAACAUCCGUUGGUAUGUGAUAAUUAUCAUUAAUGCUU